AUGGCACUCGCCCGAAGGACCCCGAUUCUGCUCGCCCCAGGGCCGACGGAAAUAGACCCUAGAGUCCUGAAGUCGAUGGGCGCGGUUGCAGAGUCACACUUCGCCCAACCCUUUUGCAAUACCUUCGGCGAUGUAUUGACAAUGCUUCGCGUACUAUUCCAAAGCGAAGAUCCCAAUGCACAGCCAUUUGUUAUUGGAGGGAGUGGCACCUUGGGGUGGGACUUUGUUGCCACGAACUUCAUCGAACCGGGAGAAGCAGUCCUUUGUCUCAGCACCGGAUACUUUUCCGAUGGGUUCGAGAUGUGUCUCUCCACCUACGGAGCUCGAACAACAAGAAUGGCAGUCCCCAUUGGGACCGCACCCGAUAUUUCCAAAAUCGAGGAGGCUCUGAGAGCAGUACGAUACAAAGCCUUGGUUGUCGCUCAUGUCGACACGUCGACCGGAGUUCUGGUCCCGUUGAAGCCUCUCUCGGACCUUCUCAACCGUGUCUCCCCUGAUACACUGUUCAUUGUCGAUGGCGUUGCCAGCGUUGCAUGCGAAGAUCUUCGAUUUACUGCCUGGGGGGUUGAUGUCGUUGCAACUGGCUCACAGAAGGCAAUUGGUUGUCCUCCUGGUCUCAGCAUUCUCAUGGUGUCCCCACGUGCACUGAAAGUGGCGAAGACAAGGAAAGCACCCCCUAGUACCUGGUAUGCCAGUUUGACACGGUGGUUGCCGAUAAUGGAGAACUACGAAAGGAAGCAAUCGAGUUACUUUGCCACGCCUCCAACUCAAAUCAUUCACGCCCUCCACACCUCGCUGACCGUGAUGCUAUCACGUCCUCUCGAGGAAAGAUUCAGGCUACACAAAGAAACAAGCGCACGGGUGAAAGCAGUAGUUGAAGAGCUGGGCCUCAAACAGGUAGCUACACAUACAGAACACCAAGCCAAUGGCCUUACGGCAUUUUGGCUUCCUGAUGGGCUGACGUCGAAAGCUUUCCUUUCCAAAGUCUCCGCCAAAGGCAUUACUUUCGUGGGUGGAAUGCAAAAGGAGGUUGGUCACAUGUACGUCAGAUUCGGCCACAUGGGUUAUAGCGCCGUGAGUAAAGAAGAAGGUCAUAUUGAUAAGGGAAUCAAGACGUUGAGAGAAGUGAUGAUGGAGUUCUAUGCUGGAAGGAGCAAUGAUUCGGGUUUUGCAUACGAAGGGACAUUCACUGGACCAGCUCGCGCGUCCCUAUAA